AUGCUUUCAAGAUCAAUUAUAAAUACAACAAGAUUUCAAUCAAGACAAUUGGCCAAGAGUGCAAUUGGUUCUUAUACUUCACGUCUUGCUCCAUCUAGUGUCAAAUUCGCAACUGCUGGUUCAGUUAACAAAAUCAUGUCAAGAUCAAUCACAACAGCUAAAUCCAUCAUCUAUUCAGAACAUGGUGUUCCAAAAGAUGUCAUUUCAGUUCAUACUCAUCAAUUGCCAGAUCCAAAAGACAAUGAGGUUAUUUUGAAAAGUUUGGGAUUCCCAAUUAACCCUUCAGAUAUCAAUCAAUUAGAAGGUGUCUACCCUUCAAAACCUGAAAAGACUACUCAGUAUGGUACCGAAAAACCAAGUGCAAUUGCAGGUAAUGAAGGUUUAUUUGAAGUUAUUGAAAAAGGUUCAAAUGUCAAAUUAGAAUUAGGUGACCAUGUUAUUCCAUUACAUUCAAAUUCAGGUACUUGGACCUCUCAUCAAAUUGCUCCAGAAGAUCAAUUGAUCAAAUUACCAAAAGAUGUUUCAGUUAUCUUUGGUGCUACUAUUUCUGUUAACCCAACUACUGCUUAUCAACUAGUCAAUGACUUUGGUUUAGAAAAAGGUGAUUGGUUAAUCCAAAAUGCUGGUACAAGUGCAGUUUCUCAAGCAGUUUCACAAAUUGCAAAAACUAAAGGUAUCAAUGUUAUCAGUGUUAUUAGAGAUCGUCCAAAUUUACAAGAAAUCAAAGAUAAAUUAGUCAAACAAGGUGCCGCUAAAGUUAUUACUGAAGAAGAAAAUGGUGAUCGUACAGUUGGUGGUGAAAUUUCUAAAUUAACUCAAGGUAAAAUUAAAAUUGCAUUAAAUUCAGUCAGUGGUAAAUCUUCAUCAAACAUUUCAAGAAAAUUAGCACCAGGUGGUACUAUAAUUACAUAUGGUGGUAUGUCAAAACAACCUGUUACAUUACCAACAUCAUUAUUCAUCUUCAAAGAUAUUAAAGCUAUUGGAUUCUGGGUCACAGAAGGCAAUAAGAGAGAUCCAGAAGGUAAAAGACAAACCAUCAAUGAAUUGGUUAAACUAUAUCAAAAUGGUCAUUUAGAAGAAUUACAAGUUCAUUCAAACGAAUGGAACUAUGAUUCAUUCUCUGACGAACAAAUUAAAAACUUGAUUGUUGAUGCCUUAGAAAAUAGUUCUGGUGGUAAACAAUUCAUUACUGUUAAAUAA